AUGUCACAAUUUGCUGGGUUUGGAGUCCAAGUCGAGCUGAAGGACGGUAAAGUCAUCAGUGGACGGAUUGCCAAAGCCAAUAGUAAAUCUCUGACGUUGUCCGACGUGACUUUCAGUGACGGUGGAACUUCACAAGUCUUUAAGGUCAAAUCCUCGAGACUCAGAGAUCUCAAAGUAGUAUCAACUCCUAGUGGGAAGCGUCAGAAAAACGAAUUACAAGCUGAUUGGCAAGAUGACGACGUUGCCCAGAUUAAACAAGGUGGAGAAUUCGAUUUCCAAGAGAAUUUGCGAAUGUUCAAUAAGGAAGACGUAUUUGCCAAAUUAAAAGAAAACGAUAAAGUAGAUCAAGACAGCCGAUUGGUGUCACACAAUAAACGUGAAAAGAAGUUAGACACAGAUGAGCUGGUUAUCCCUGAUGCCAAGCAAGACAAUUGGGAUAGCCUCGAAGAGGAAUCUACUCAUACAGAGUACUUACCAAUCACCAAAUCCAUCAAUAUCACACAUCUAUUACAAAAUGCCGGUGAAAUCGAUUCAACAAAUGAUAAUGUGCUCUCACAGCUUCAAAAAGCUUUAUCAAGACCAGGGUCCAUCUCGAAGCCUGCCGAAUUUGUAUCUAACGCUUCGGGGCUUCCUGUGCCCUGUGCCACACCGGUGCAGCUUCUCGAAAUUGAACGAGUUUGCAGCGAUAACUAUGGUUUCACUCCAAAAUUCGCGUUAGAGCACUGGGCCAUUCACAUGUCACAGUUUGUGAAGCAAAAGCUCGGGGGCCGCGUACGUCUACACGCUCACAACAACAAUCCGCAACCAUUGGUUGUCAUCCUCGCUGGUGACAAUCGCUGCGGUGCACGUGGUCUGGCGUUGGGCAGACUUCUUUGUCAGUCCUCCCUCGUGCGUGUCAUGGUACUUUUCACAAACGCUCCAGAAGACUCCGAAGUCUGCGAACAAUGGACCCUAUAUCAGAAAUGUGGCGGGAAAACAGCCGACUCACUACUUACAUUGCAGAGCACUCUAGAAAAACUCAAUUCGCCUGUCGAAAUCGUCAUCGAUGCCAUGCAGGGCUUCGAUUUCAACAUUCAAGACCUCUGCACAGACGUGUCAGUUGAACAGCGCAUCGAGGACAUGAUUACGUGGUGUAACUCCCAGCGCGCCAUCUGGUCGCUCGAUAUCCCCAGUGGUCUGGAUGCAGGCAGUGCCAUUCCAACUUUCCAUGUCCAUGUGAAGCCUACCGUCUUUAUAUGUCUCUGCUGGCCCGUUACAGGUACCUACAAUCUCAAGAAACAAUACCCAGAACGUAAUCAAGAGGUUCACCUGGUCGAUAUGGGCGUCCCACAAGCAGUCUACUCCCAACGCAGCUCCCUACGCAAGUUCCAAACUACAGACCUCUUUGUCACAGAAGGUGUCAUUCAGUUAACUUGUUGA